GUUUAUAUAAUCUCAGGCAGCGUAUUUGGAUCCACCCAGACUUCUCGACAUCAGGAAGAAUCAAAACAGACCGAGUCAAUUAAUACAGCUUAAAUAUGUAUCUUAAGAUGAUUGUGCCGUUUUUGGCGGUGAUUUUGGCCGUGGCGAGCGCUGGGCUGGUUGGAGGUCCUGUGGAUGCAGACAUGAGCGAGGAAGGAGCUCAAAGUGCGUUACAGUUCGCGAUGGCCCAGUACAACAGACAAAGCAAUGAUGCGUUUGUGAGUCAGGUUUCCGAAGUCAUCAAGGUUCAAAAACAAGUUGUCUCUGGCCUGAAAUACAUCUUCACUGUGAAAGUGGGCAGAACCUCCUGCAGAAAGGAUGGAGUUGAAACCCUCUGUGCCAUUCAUGAGGACCCCACUGUUGCACGGGUCACUACGUGCAAAAUAGAGGUCUGGAGCCAGCCAUGGCUGAAAUCAAUUAAAGUCCUGAAAAACACCUGCAUGUAGAGCAUAUUUCUAGUGCAUUUUGGGGGUUUUAACAUUCAUGAUGCAAUAAAAUUUACUUGUUAUUGCUAAUUAUGGUGAACUAGAAUUCUUUACUAUUGAUAAAAUAAGAAUUUUAUUUGUCAUGAUAACAUUUGAUGUCAACAACAAAUCAUGAUAUAAGAAUGCUUUACUAACACAAUAAUCAUGUAAUCACAUUAGACAAAAUUGCUCUGAAAAAGUCUGAUUUGUAAGAAUUUCUGAAUAAUAAACCGCAUGUUCUGAUAUUUGUUCAUCCUUUACUUAUUAAAACAUGGUUGAAUGAGA